AUGCAAUGUGAUCAUCCUAAUGAGCUUGGUUUCAUACCAAAGUCAGUGGCAAUGCGUCUAAUGAAGACACACGAAUCGAUCAAACAACAAAGGAAGCAGAAGCAACAGAGGAAGGAUAACCCUAAUGCCGCUGCUUCUGUUGAUGGUGAUCAACAACAAAGCGACACAAUUAUAGACUAUGAGACACACUUGGAGAAUGAAGCAAAGAGGAAUUUUGAGAAGUUCAGAUCACAAUCUAGUGGAGCAAAGAAGAUUGGAGAGAAGGAGAUAUGCCAGAGAUGUCAUAUGCUCAAACAUUAUGGCAAGGUGGCACCGAUCAAGAUUCCAAUUGAGGACUUUAAGAACAAGUUGGCAGCGAUCAAGGAUAUGAACUGCGUGGUUAUAAAGGUGGUCGAUAUCAUGGACUUCCACGGCACCUUCAUUCCAGACUUUAGACGUAUCAUUGGCAAUAACCCUGUGGUGUUGGUCGGUAACAAGAUGGAUGUGUUGCCAGCGGACAUCCAUAAGAAUCGUAUCGAGGACUGGUUGCGCCACGAGUGCAAGCUGCACGGCAUGGUGGUGUCGCACGUCAAGCUUCUGUCGAGCGCCAGUCGCGAUGGUCUGGCCAGCUUCAUCGUCGAGCUGGAACAACUCCGACGUGGACGCGAUGUCUUUGUCGUAGGUUGCUCUAACGUGGGCAAGUCCACAUUCAUCAACUCAUUGGUAGACGAGUAUAAACAAAAGGUUGUCUUUACACAAGAUGGCCAACAAGGUGAUGAUGAGGCGACAGCGGCCGCCAAGGAGAAGCCAACUGUUAUGGAUCGCGCCACAACAUCCAUCUUCCCAGGCACAACGCUCAACAUUAUAUCCGUGCCACUUUGGCACAAUGCAUCAUUGUUUGAUACCCCAGGCAUUGACAACCCGCAUCAGAUCAUCAAGUUGUUGCGACCUGACGAGCUCAAGAUGGUCAUCCCCACCAAGCGUAUCAAGCCCACCGUGGUCCACAUGAUUGGUGGCAAAUCAUUGUAUCUUGGCGGACUGGCACGCAUCGACUAUGAUGGAGGAUUGGCCACGUUCACCAUCUACACGUCCACCCAUCUACCACUACAUUUGUGUAGAACGGACAAGGCUGACGACCUGUUGACGAGACAGCGCGGCAAGAUGUUGUCGCCGCCACUGGGCGAUGCAGAGAGAUUAGCCGAGGAGAGCAUCCAACUGAGUCAGGCCAAGCGAUUCACAAUCAUACCCGAGAAGGUUGACUUUAGACAUACAUGCACCGACAUUAUCAUUUCUGGACUUGGUUGGGUGGCCGUCAAGUCACUGUCCAAGACCAUCACGCCAAUGCGAGUGAUCGUCCACACGCCCACCAACAUUGACGUGUCCAUUCGUGACCCUCUAGUACCCUACACAACAACAUAUAAUACAUUGUAG